AUGCGCGAAAUAUUAAGCUUAGGUUUUGGAAGCAAGAGCAAUUACUUGCUUACACACUUUUGGAACACACAGGAAGCAUACUUUGUCUAUGAUGAAAAGGAUGCUUCGAAGGUAUCGGUAAAUACAAAUUUUCGUCAAUUGACAAAACACAAUCGUGAGCAUUUGGCAACUGUCCCGAGAGAAUGCGUCUACGACUUUACUGAUGAGUUUGGCUUCGUAAAAAAGCCUUGGUUAGCCGAAGAGAGGGAUUCAGAAAUAGUAGGUUCUUCCUUUCCCGGUUCACUUGAUAAAAUUCACAAAGCACCUCUUGACAUUCAUCCUUAUCAGAAUGCCUUAUGGAAACAGGAUGAGUGGUUACAAUCCCAAAAUCCUCAUGAAUUGAAGAACCUUGAACAAAUGCCGUCCAUACCCAAUAUAGAAAAUGGUACUAUAAAGCAUUGGUCAGAUUUCAAUAGAUUGUUAUUUGAUCCCAAGUACUUAUAUCCUAUAAAUUCUCUUGACUUAAAUUCUGAAGGGUCAUCAUUUGAGCUCGGAGAGGAAGCUUUUCGUAGACAUAAUAAUGAGCAGAAUGUCUGGGAUGAUUCUUUACGCCCUCUUAUUGAGGAAUGUGACGGAAUGCAAGGAUUUCAGUUUGUCGUUGAUGUUAAUACUGGCUGGUCCGGGUUUAUGACAAGCUAUCUACAAUAUAUUGAAGACGAACUACAGGAUGCCGGCUUACCAGUGUGGAUUUUUGGUGUUAAAAAUACAGGCGGCUCAUCCGUAAAUUCAUUACCAACUCAAAAUCAAAAGCAGAUGUACGCAAAUGAAUCGUUAACUCUAGCGAGUCUUAAAGAUGUGCUUUCUCUUUAUGCACCAUUAUCUUUAAAUUCAGACCAUGAUCACUGGUUUGCCAGUUCUAUUGCAAACAUGGCAUUUGAAUCUUUGACGCUGCCGACACGUUUGAACGGAGCUUCAUAUAUGCACAUGAGUGAUUUAGAAUACUACUUCAAAUCAAACAGUGGCCGUUCUAUUCUUGCCCUUGACCUAAAAGCAAAAUCACACGAAAAAAAUGAAUGGUAUAUUAAUCAAAAUGUUUCUUUCGCUACUGAAACACCUAUUUCUCUUUCUAAUCCUUUGAGGAGGCGCACAAUUAUGCGAGGUCCAAACAACCAAGAGGCAAUUUUAGGCGAGAUCUCUCCAGAACUAACCCAAGACAUAAUUAAUAUAAAAGAUUUGGGCUUUCCAACGCUAGACACUACUCCUAACGACUUGUCUAAUAUUGAUACAACCAUUGUUUCUGCUUCUUCAAACGAGAAAGUAACUUCACACUUAAAAUCAAUUGGAAAGUAUAUGAGUACUCGACAUAUUCCUGAAUUAGACCAAGAUGAUAUAUUAGAGUUACAGGAAAACCUACAGUUCUUUACUUCAUAA